AUGGGCAAAGAGAAGACCCAUAUCAAUAUCGUCGUCAUUGGCCACGUGGACUCUGGCAAGUCCACUACCACCGGGCAUCUGAUCUACAAGUGUGGGGGCAUUGACAAGAGAACCAUCGAGAAAUUUGAGAAGGAGGCAGCAGAGAUGGGUAAGGGCUCCUUUAAGUAUGCCUGGGUGCUGGACAAGCUGAAGGCAGAGAGAGAGCGUGGCAUCACCAUAGACAUCUCCUUGUGGAAGUUUGAGACCAGCAAAUACUACAUCACCAUCAUCGAUGCCCCAGGCCACAGGGACUUUAUCAAGAACAUGAUCACUGGCACUUCCCAGGCCGAUUGCGCCGUGCUCAUCGUGGCGGGCGGCGUGGGCGAGUUUGAGGCGGGCAUCUCCAAGAACGGGCAGACCCGCGAGCACGCGCUGCUGGCCUACACGCUGGGCGUGAAGCAGCUCUUGGUGGCGGUCAACAAGAUGGACUCAACCGAGCCGGCCUACAGCGCCGCGCGCUUCCAGGAGAUCACCAAGGAAGUGAGCGCCUACAUCAAGAAGAUCGGCUACAACCCGGCUGCCGUGGCCUUCGUGCCCAUCUCGGGCUGGCAUGGCGACAACAUGCUGGAGCCCAGCACCAACAUGCCCUGGUUCAAGGGCUGGAAGGUGGAGAGGAAGGAGGGAAACGCCACCGGGGUGACUCUGCUGGAAGCUCUGGACUCCAUCCUCCCGCCCGUCCGCCCGGUCAACAAGCCUCUGAGGCUGCCUCUGCAAGACGUGUACAAGAUUGGAGGCAUUGGCACUGUGCCUGUGGGCCGUGUGGAGACCGGCUUCCUGAAACCUGGGAUGGUGGUCACCUUUGCCCCCACCAACCUCACCACCGAGGUCAAGUCUGUGGAGAUGCACCAUGAAGCCCUGCCUGAGGCCCUGCCUGGCGACAACGUGGGCUUCAACGUAAAGAAUGUGUCUGUGAAGGACAUUCGUCGUGGAAAUGUGGCUGGAGACAGCAAGAACGACCCCCCCGUAGAGGCUGGCAGCUUUGUGUCACAAGUGAUUGUCUUGAACCACCCUGGGCACAUCCACGCAGGCUAUACCCCAGUGCUGGACUGCCACACAGCCCACAUCGCCUGCAAGUUUGCUGAGCUGAGGGAAAAGAUUGACAGGCGCUCGGGCAAGAAGCUGGAGGACAACCCCAAGGCCCUGAAGUCAGGUGACGCGGCCAUUGUGCAGUUGGUCCCCACCAAGGCCAUGUGUGUGGAGACCUUUUCCAAGUACCCACCUCUAGGCCGUUUUGCUGUGCGGGACAUGAGACAAACAGUGGCUGUUGGAGUCAUCAAGGCAGUGGAUAAGAAGUCAUCUACGGCUGGCAAGAUCACCAAGUCGGCAGUAAAGGCAAGCAAGAAGUGAAGUGUGUCCCUUGCCGCCGCCUCAGCAACCUCCACUAUAAAAAUUACUUAACAUUCUAUGUAUUUAUCAAGUAAGAUUAA